UACAGUAACUGUGUUACUAUUAUUUUCAUACAAAAAUGCAUGUAUGUAUGAUAAUUUCCUUGGAAACUGAAAGAUGUAACCAAGUUUUUAAGUACUGUACUAUAUGAAAACAAAAGAAAGAAAUUAAAAAAAUAUUUCAGCAAAACAUUUAUUAUUGCUUACCAGAUAAUUAUGGCUAUUGCAUGUACAUGUACUCCUGAAUAUAGAGACAGAAAAAAACAGAAUGAUUUAUUAUUGUCUCAUGACACACACAAGGAAGUGGAGGAGUAGAAAGAAAGAGAAGAAAAUGAAGGAUGAAAAUGAUCAUCUGCUAAAAAAAGGAACAGCAUUCUUUGCAGUCACAGGUAUCUUUGUUGGAAAGUGAAGUAUUUGAGGAGGUGAUGUUGUGCCUUUCCAGCUUAUGGAUAACACAGAGAACAUGGAAGUCUCCUGUAGAAGGCCUGAAGAAUCAGCGGACAGUGGACAGACAGAAAUUUUUGAUACGGAAGAGGCUAAAGAUAAUGUAGUGGAAUCAAACACCAAAGAAUCAAAGCUUGAUGAUGUUGAGACAACAACUCCUUCUGGAACAUCCCAAAAGGAGCCUCACACAGAAGACUCAGAUGCUAAAAAUCCAGGAGGUUUUAGCAAUGGAAAAAGUGAUUCAGUCCAAACUGAGACAACAAAACCUCCAGUGAAUGAUUGUUCAUCUGAGAGCAGGGAAGAUGGCAAGGGAAAUGCUGUGGAAUCUGUAAUGCAUAAUGAGGAAACAAGCCAAGAAGGCAAAGAGCAAGAUCCAAACACUUGUGAUGAUUCAGGAGCACAACAAAAAGAGAAAACACUCAAAACUCUAGGGACUUUGGAAAUCAGCAAUGGAAAUGCCAGCAACUUAGACAGCCAAG